CUUUCUUUAUAUUCUUCUUUUUCAUAUAUAAACACAAACAUAUCUACAAAUGUCAUUAAAUCCUUCUAUCAAUUCAUUGGUAUCGUCUCCAGCUCAAAGUCGACCAUCUACUCCUAUUGAUCCUAAUGGUCUAAGUUGGCCAAGUAAAGGAGCACAAACUCGAAGGGAUGAAACUAUUGCCGAACGACAAGUAAGACAAGAUAAGAUUGCUGGAGCUGUACGAACAAUAUUGGAAUGUAUUGGUGAAGAUCCUGAUCGUGAAGGUUUAUUGAAAACUCCUGAUCGUUAUGCAAAGGCUUUAAUGUUUUUUACAAAAGGAUAUGAACAAAAUAUCAAAGAGGUGAUCAAUGAUGCUGUUUUUGAAGAAGAUCAUGAUGAAAUGGUUAUUGUUAAGGAUGUAGAUGUCUUUUCAUUAUGUGAACAUCAUAUGGUACCAUUUACAGGCAAGAUCAGUAUUGGUUAUAUCCCCAAUCGUCGUGUGGUUGGACUUAGUAAAUUGGCUCGAAUUGCAGAAAUGAUCACUAGAAGGUUACAAGUUCAGGAACGAGUGACCAAACAAGUGGCUACAUCUUUGAUGGAAAUUUUACAACCUCAAGGAGUUGCUGUCAUUAUGGAAUCUACACAUUUAUGUAUGUGUAUGCGUGGAGUGGAAAAGCCUGGUAGUACUACUGUAACAAGUUGCAUGAUGGGUGUUUUUAGAAGUGAUCCAAGGACAAGAGAAGAAUUUUUGACUCUGGUUAGACGUCGAUAGGGGAAUAUAGUUUAGGGAUACUAGAUUAGAUUAGAUUUUUUUUGGAAUAUAUUUUGAAAUAAAAAUCAUAUUAGAUAUUGUAACUGCUUAUAUUCUAUGGUAGCUCUGUAAUAUGUGAUAAUACGAUAUGUGAUGAUGAG